UUUUUGUUUUGCGGCAAUUUGGCAUGGCAACAAUAAAUGUAAUGUAUAUUGUAAUGGUCCCGUCGUAUGCGGAGCUAACCAAGUGGAAGUGGGGUAGCCGUUUCCUAGGGCGGCGUCGACGGAGUUCCCAUAUUCUCUCAACUUAUUUAAACAUAAAUAAGUAAAACCCUAAAAUGACAGGUCAGCAGGUCCUCUGUCAGAGGGUAAUUUGGGGGUCACGCUGAAGAAAAAAAUAACCGCUACUUUGCCACUUUCUUCUGAAGCCUGAAAGGAAUAAUCCCAGGAGCAGUUGGUUUCAAGUUUCAACGUUCAAACUUCAAAAGCACCCAACUUUGAAAACAAGGAAAAAGAAAUUAAAAAGCAACCAUAUAUUCUGGUACGUUCUGGGUUACUUUCUUUUUUUGGCUCACGGUUUUUGGGUUUCUUGCUGCAACUGAACAAGUGAUUGUUCAUUUGGUUAGUCCACUUUGGAAGAAGUUGUACAGAGUGUGAUGAAUUACCAGUCCACUAGUCGUAAUCAAAUGCCCAAAGGGUUUAAGGUAAAACAUGUUUUGCAAUUGGUAUUGUUUUUGGCUGUUGUCAUCUGGUUGCAAUACCAGUUAAGGCAGUCAAACUCAAACAAAAAGGGAAAUAACUAUGGAGAAAGCAUACAGAGCAAACUUAGUGAAGAUCAUGGUGGCAUAAUUUUGGGGCGUAAGGGGAAUGCUGGGUUGUCAAGUGAUGGUGGUAUGACUGAAUUAGAAGAUGUGAAUCUUGGGGAAGACGAUAAAAGAAAAGAUGAUGGAGGAGGUGGAGAUGAUGAAUUUGAUGGAAAUGUAGAAGAAGAAUUUUUCCACAAGGAAAAUGAAUAUUCUCGUGGACAAUUUUGGACUCGUGAAAAGAAAGAAAAUUGGAAGGAACUGGAACUAGAACAUAAGGACAACAAUUCUGAUAUUGGAGUUGGAGGAAAAGGUGAAUCAGUGGGCUUACAUAAUCAUUCUGUUCAAGGAGGUUAUUUUAAAAAAGGACAUGAUGAUUCAUGGAGUAGUGUCCCAGAUCAUGAUAAGAAAGGGGAUGAGAAGGGUGGUGAAGUUCAUGAUGAAGAAGAUGACAAGGACCCAAAAACACUAGUCAAGCAAGGGGAUGACAAAGUUUCAGGAAGACAAAUUAAGGAGCCACAACAUAUUGAGGAACUUACUGAUGAUACACUUAAAAAAGUCCAAUACGAGGCAGAUCACUUAAAUAGCAAUAAUAAAGAAGAUAAUAACAUUACGGAAAGCAAACGGGAGAUUGCAAUGCAGCCUAGUGGAACAGACAAUAAUGCUACUGUUCUUGACCGAAAUGAAGUGUUGGAUGGAGUCCUUGGCUUUCAUGAUGAGAAUGGGGUACCACCAGAUGGUAGUGAUCUUUCAAAAUCCAUGUUCACUGAUUCACAGGAUAAUUAUGCAAACAUUCAACAUCAAGAAACCAUUUCCAAUUCAAGUUAUCAGAGUAGAUUCAGCGAAAGCGCCAACAUUGCAGAAGUUGUAACCGAAGAAGACUUGGAUGCUGCUGAUUUAGAAAGCAGAAAUAAAGAAGCCUAGAAGACUCAAAAAAGUUUAUGCAGAAGUCAAUUCUCAAGCUUCAGGCAUCGUUCAUGUUUCAGAAGCAACACCAGAAGAUAGAGUAGACACACAAG